AUGCAGAUCACGGAGGCAACAUUCUUAGACAAAUAUAAUUGCAAAUCAGAUUGUUGGUUUUCACACCACCCUGGCAGCCAACCAUGUGGUAACAGUGCCAAGUUGAACCUGGAAUACAUUGAGAUCUUGUACAGCAAUCAUGAAUUCAGUAAUCCAUUCACUUUUGAGUUCGAGAAAGUCCGACGUUCUUCUAGAUUGUUUGUGGCGGACUGUGAAGGAGACCCAAUGACUGAUCGGUCCAGGGAGUUUGUACGCAAGUUGAAGUUUCUCAAUGUAUCAGUGGUUCAUAUAUUUAAUCCAGGAGAUUUUCAUGGAUUAGAAAUGUAUAAUAAGACAGAUGCUCUUGCUUUGUUUGAAGCUGUGAAGAAUUUCAUCUACUCCACUAGAGGUGCUGAAGUUGAAGUUUCUCGAGCUUCUUACUGA